AUGUCUCAAUUCAGAAUCGGCCAGACGGUCGAGACAUCUGCAGGACAGCAAGGCGUUGUCAAGUAUGUUGGGCCCAUACACUUUGCAAAUGGAACCUAUGUCGGCAUCGAGCUUGCCACGGCAGACGGCAAGAACGAUGGCUCUGUCCGGGGCCAGCGUUACUUCACUUGUGCAGAAGACCAUGGCCUCUUCGUGAAAAGCAGCAGUAACCUACGUGUUGUUCGUGCAGCGGCACGGACUAGGUCUGCAACUUCCACAACUGCCACCACCGCCUCCACCUCCACCACCAUCACGACGGCGACGCGUCGUCCUUCCGUUACACGAGUAGCACCAAGGUUAUCUACGAAUCAAAUCGAGUCGCUACAGACUCGAAUUAAACACCUCGAAAAACAACAUUCGGAGGAUCAAGAAUGCAUAAGGGAAUUGGUGCUCGCUAAAGAAGAACGGGACCGGUUUAAAAAUCUUCUGGAAAAGCUUCAAAACAAGUGCCAAGUUCAGCACACGGAACUUCAAGAGUUGAAGCAGAAUCUCAGAGAUGCACAGAACGAGCAUGAGAUCCUCACAAGGAAUACCCAAGAGAAUGAGAUCACACUGGAGGACGCUCUUGUCGAGAAGGAAAUGGCACAGCUUCGUGCCGAGACUGCUGAGGCGGAAUUCGAGUCACUCCGGUCCCAAUUGCAAGAGCGCGAUGAAGAGCUGGAGAUCCUUCGCCAAGAGGCUGAACUCUACACUGCGGAAAUGACGGAGGAAGAGAGACAGGAAGUUGGAUACUAUCGACUGCAGCACGACAACGACCGCAUGAGAGAAGCUUUGCUGAGUCUGAAGGAAAUGACGGAGGAGAGGGAGCAGGAUCUGAAGAGCAGAAUCGAUAGCUUGGAGUCUGAUCUCACCAACCUCGACGCCUACGCACGCGAGAAUGCUUCUCUUCAACAACGCGUUACAGACGCUGACGCCAUCAUCGAUGAUCUAAGACAACGUCUGGAGGCCGCCAGCGAAUGGGAGGACAUGAUGGGAGAAAUAUCAAACCAGAAUCACGAUCUCCAAGAUAGAAUCGCGGAGCAAAACCUACACAUCCAGGACCUCGAGAACAUCAGGGAGCUGAAUGAUGAACUCGAGGUGCAGCAUUUGGAACAACAAGAGGAACUGCGCGCGGAGCUUGAUAGUAGAGACAUCGAGCUCGCAGAGCAGGCCCGCCAUAUCGUCGAGCAGAGCGCCAUCAUUGCCGACCACGAAACCCUCAUCGCCAAAUUCCGAGACCUUGUCAUCGACCUCCAAAACAAAGCUAUGGAUGCCGAGUCUUCCAAGACCAUGACGGAGGCCAUGGUCAGGGAUACCACUGGGAAGUUCAACGAAGUCAUGGACGUCAAUCGCCAACUCCGCACCGCCACAGUACAGUCUACCGCGAGGAAGAUUGAUCACGACCUUGCGAAAAUGGAGCUCGACUUGUCUCGCCGGGAGACUGCUCUCUGGAGUGAGGGUGCAGGAAGGGAGUUCAUCAUGGGCGAAGCGAACCAGGCGUACGUUGUGACGAAACGAUUGGACACCAAAUGCAAAAUCCUCAAGGAAGCCUUGUUCAGUACUCAGAAGCAGAUGAGCCAUGGUGGCCGAUUGGACGAUGCAUAUUCCCAACUCAACAUAUGUGACGCGACUGUUCAUCUCAACAAUAUUGAAGACCGCAAUUGCCGACUUCAAUGGACCAUGCAUACCGCCUCUCUCGCACAAUUCACUGCAAUGGGUUCAAUCUACCAGGACUUGCUCACUCUCGAACAAGUUCUUGAUGAAGGCUUGAACUCCGUGAAGACAGACGCUAUCAACUUUGAUGAGCUUCCUAGUUCUCUGAUGCGAUCGAGCAGGACAUAUGAAGCAAUUCUCGCUAGUCAGCACGAGAUACUAUGUACCAGACCCGAGAAUGAAAUCUCGGCGCGUGCUGCAGCCUUUGAAACCCGGCUCUGGUUCAUCAAGGAGGUGUUUGCAGUGCUCACCUGGGCGCUUGCAAAGGUCCCCGACAGCGUUCAGCGGGAAAUAAGGGAUGUCCAAGAAACUCUCAGGGAACAAAUCAACAAAGUUGACAUCACGUAUGAACGUGCUCGUAAAUUUGCAGAGACAUUACGUGCCCUUCGACAAGAUGGGCUAUAUUGCCCAAUGAAUCAAAAUAAUUUGGAAGAGCUCGCAGAAUUCGAAGAGAAAAUCACCAACGCUUCCGGUGAGACGUGCGAGUUCGCUCGAAAACUGAUUGCAGAGCUCAUCACGUGUUCCACUUCCGCUGCAUCCGAGACGGUCGACAGUAACGUUGCUCACGAAGCUGGCAAGGCCAUUGUGCGCCUGCAAGAUGCGCAGAGCGAGUUUCUCUGGAGUUCUUAUAUUGGAUUGUUGUCUGGCAGCCUCGACAUUUGGAUUACCCAAGUCUCAUCACUGUUGUACUGCGUCGAAAUCCCUCAAGGCCCCACACCGUGGGCUCAGAAGGCAAAAUUGCGCAACGAGGCUGUCAAGCUGGGUGAAGAGCUGGGACGACAGCUAGAUGAAAUGAGGGCGGAAAGGAGAGCGACGCUCCUGAAGAUACACGAACGUGAGGAGAUUAUCGCGACGAAGGACCUCGAAAUUGAGCAUCUCAUGGCUAAGAACCGAGAUGCGGCUACCAAGGCCGAGGCUGUGGACACACUAAAGGCUCAGAUCAUGGAGCUCGAGGAUAAAAUCACCGAUCUCCAGAGGACCCAGGAAUCGCAGUCGCAAAUCAUACGCGAAGUCGACACCGAGGAUAUGGACGAAGCCACCCUCGAGGCGAGAGUAGUGGUAGAUCCACUGCCAACCUAUGCCGAGCCUGUAGAGUUCCCGUUGGGGGAUUCCCACACACCGCCAGGCAUGGCCAUCAUGUUGGAGGCAUUACAAAAUGAAAACCACUGGCUUCGUCAACGUGCCUACAAGGAUCAGUUUGAAAACAACUUGCUCGACUACUUCUACAAGCUAGGCGGGCCGCGUUCGAACAUCUCCUACCGGUCUACCCGAUCUAUGAUGUUGGAAGACAUGAGCGACGAUGAAGAUUUCGCGACUCCCCCUGUUUCACCGCCUCUGGCAGCGUCCACGGCUUCACCCAUCAGCCUUGAAGCUAUCCAGCUUAGCUUGGAUGGCAGGCAACAUGGCCUUAAGGAGGCAAUUGAGGCCCGUGCAUGGCUCACCACAAUCGCGGAAGAGGAGGAUGACGAGAGCGUCUUUGGUUAG